AUGUGGCCGGACGAAAGCGCCAUGGAGGGCCCGUGGAUGGCAUGGCAGUUGAAGGACUGGCGGGCGCGCCGGAUGCGCCGAAUGCGGGGGGAGGUCAACCGACAGAACGCCUACAACGUCCUUGCCAGCCGGUAUGGCCAGAGGAUUUUUUUCAUGCCCAACCUCGUCCGCCACCUCGCGGAGGCGAACAGGCUGUGUUUCGCAAGCGACGAGGACGAGCCGGAUAUCGCGGAGACUACCCUCCUCACCGAGGUGGCGAUGACGAUCCGGCGGGAGAAUCAAAUGCUUGGCUCUCUCACCCCGGUCUGUGACGGGCCAUUGGCGAUCAACAUUAUUGCCAAGUUUCCGUCGAGCCGCACACCUGCAACCACAUCCAGCAGAGAAAAUGAAAAACCGGUGAAGAAUGAGGAAACCCCUCAUAACUGCAAAAAAGAUCAAACCGAGGACCUUCACGACAUUCAGCUACUAGGCACCUUCCGACAAAGCUUGUUGUUGAUUCAUUUUAAAGUGUACUGCUGUGCACUCCAUGAUGAAGUCCAACAACGCCAUGAUGGACACCUCUUAAACCUGGAAAACGUCCAAACCCAACACGCUCACAGCAUCGCUUCCUCCACAGCAAACGAAAAGAAACUCUUUUCGAGGGAAAGGGUUACUUCCACAGGCAAAAAAACAGCCAAGCGCCAAAACACCGAGGAUGAUUCUGUCUUAUUGGCGGAAGUCCCACAUAUUCCUCGCCCAAUUCUUCGUCUUCAAGAGGGCGAACUGCCAUUGUUAAAUCCCCACAAACGAAAUACGCCAAAUCUUUCACACGUACAGCCCGCUCGCUGCUGGGUGGGGUUAUUUCCCACUCCACAGGACCUCCUUUUGCCCAAUUCCGUCCUCGACGCCCUGCACAUUCCACAAAUGGACCCAUCGGAGCGUAAAGAACUUCAGCAGAGGACGCUACAGACGUGGAAUUACCUUCACACGGAGUCCGUUAUCGCGCGGCAGGCCGUCCGGGACGUUUUUCACCACCUGGACUUGGACGCGGAUAGGCAGCUGAAUAAGGAAGGGUAUACUAAAUUCGUUCGGCAUCUACUCGAUCUCUUCUUUCCCACACAUCUACCUCAACUUCACCUCGAUAUCGCGGCGGAGGAGUGGAUAUACCGUGGGACCACGGAGAACGUCGGGUUUGAUACCUUUUUCGAGAAAUUUUUCCCUCUUCCGUUUAUCUUCAACCGCGAUUUAGUGUCCACCACGGAGAACGAUUACGCGGAGUGGUGGUGUAUUGUGCGGAUUUGCCUCUUCAAAGGCACUGAGACGAUGAUGGAGGAGCUUCGCUCCCUUCGGUGUUUUGAGCUUUUUGGGGAGUCCUCCAUCCAGACCGACCGCGCGGCGGCUGCGAUCCCGCGGACGCUUUCGGGGAUGCGCUGUUGCGGGGGCUUGGCCUCCCCGGGCCCCCGCCUGCGGCGACGGGCCUCCGUCUCCGUCGGGUGCUCCUUCCUCGUCCCCCUGACGAACUUCACGGAGGGCCAAAUCCGCGUCCUGCAGGACCGCAACCCGGCCGAGGCCCGGAUCUGUUUCAAAUCCCAACGGGCCUCUGCCCAAGGGCGCAAAGAAGGAGAGAGGGGGAGGAGGGUCUCUCUCAUGUUGGGGGCGUCCCUGGGAGAGGGCGAGAGCUCGUGGUGCGGGACCCCGGUGGAGGUGGAGCCGGUGGGGAGGGUGCGGGGGGGGAAGGGCGUGGGUUCUUCAGCCUUCGCUGAGGACGGGCAUCGCGGGGCGAUCUUCCAUCCGCCGCGGACCCUCGACUCUGGGAUGUGGGGGUCCUUCGCCGAGGGCUCCCGCGCCGCGGCGGCCGAGCGCGUGCAACUCGAAUCCGACCUCGACGCCAUCCUGCCGGGCUCCCAUCUUUACCAACGCCGGCGGAAGCGCCUCCAGUCGGCUUACCAACGCGCGAUCACGCGCACGGCGAACACCACAAGCUCCUGGGAGACCUUUUACAGUGAUGAUCCGGAUAUGAUCCAGUCCUCCCCUCCCCCUGUGAGUUAUGAGGAUCGUUUGCUUGAGUUCGUGCAGGAUCUGCCGGAGGAGAUGUUUGACAAGCUCACUUCCCUCCGCGAUCGGUUCCCCAUAUAUGAGGCCUACAGCGAGGAGCGCCGCCGCCGAGGACUUCAGAAAAUGGCGGUGUGGAUGAAGGACGCCAGGGCGGAAAUUAAAAAGGGGAAAAAAACCCCGAAUCCCCAAUAUUAUAAGCAUAAUAGGAAUAAGGGUUGCCAUGCGGGUCCACGUUUCUUACCUCCACAGGCUUUAGCUCAUAAUAUGGAAGCAAGUUUCUUCCCGUUGCCUUCCCCUCGCCUGCAAUCCACGAAAUUUUAUGAGAGAGCCAAAGGAACUAAAGGAAGGAAUACAACUGAAUCGCCUUCUCUUUUAGAUUGUAAAACACUUUCUCAACCGUCUGACCGCAGCGGUGGCAUUUUUUAUCAAGCAGGGAUGCUUCAAAAUCUUUCGAUACCUACCAAUGAAAGGUUGAAUUCAGGGCGAUUAUCAUCGCUCAUGAAACCCCAUGGCGAUACGAUAAACUCUCAAACUGAGACCCUGAAGCUAACCCCAACUAACCUAUUAACACCAGUUGAAAGCUUAGAAAGGUUCGAAUCUGAUGGAAAUUCAUCCAAUUCAAAGACAGGAGAUGAAGCAUCUAAUAUCCAAUCCAAACGACAUUCUGGAUAUUAUUCCGAUACACAAAACAACUUGAGUGAAACUACUCAGUCUUCUUCAGUCAAUUCGAAGAACGAUUUAGCAAAAAAUCGCUUACAUAUCACGACCUUUGAUCACUCUUCUGGUACUUACAACCCAAUAACAUCCCCAACGUCAUCAAAUAAUAGCAGAACAAAAACACGAAAUAUAAAGGAUAGUGCGGCUAUCAAGACAAAAGUAGAUGGACUAGCAAACUAUUCAAAAGGAUAUCGCAUAUUUGAUCUCGACAAGUUUAUCUCUUCCGUUUCUGGGUUUAAACUGAAUCGAAAUAUAGGCAUGUAA